UUAGCUUCCAUUGUUCAAUAGUUAUAUAAAUGGCAAAUUUCACCGUCUUUCUUAGCUUAGUAGCUCUCAUUUUCUGCGGCCUCGCCAUGGCAUUCGAGCCUAGCCCAUUGCAAGACUUCUGCGUUGCAGAUCCUAGUAGCUCGGCUAAGGUUAACGGCUUUGCAUGCAAGGAUCCCAAGAUGGUUCAAGCCACUGACUUUUUCUUCAGCGGCCUGCAUUUACCCGGAAACACAUCAAAUCCCAAUGGCUCCAAAGUCACCGCAGUCAACGUGGCUCAAAUCCCGGGGCUCAACACUCUCGGCGUUUCACUGGUGCGCAUUGACUACGAGCCUAUGGGCAUUAACCCUCCCCACACUCACCCCAGAGCCACGGAAGUCAUCGUGGUUCUCCAAGGAGCUCUUGAAGUUGGGUUCGUCACCUCCAACCCCGAUAACCGUCUCAUCUCUAAGGUUCUCAAGACCGGCGACGUUUUCGUGUUUCCGGUGGGGCUUGUCCAUUUUCAGCGCAAUGUUGGGUCCACAAAGGCGGUGGCUUUUGCCGGAUUGAGCAGUCAGAACCCCGGUGUGAUCACCAUUGCCAACGCCGUCUUCGGGUCGGAUCCGGAUAUUAAUGCGGAUAUCCUUGCCAAGGCUUUCCAAGUGGACAAGAAUACAGUUUCGUACAUCCAGUCCAAAUUCUAAAAUUUCAAUGUUUUGGAUAAAAUCAUGUUUUUGCUUAGCUUGUCUGUGUGGUGUGGUGUUCUUGAGUACUGUGGUUCAAAACUUGAUAUUAGUUU